AUGGAAAUUUGGGGAUCAGGAUGCAAUAUUUUUGGUCAAUUAGCAAAAAAUGAAGAACAUUAUUUAUUUGAAUUAAAAAUGAUCCAGCAUGUUGAUAAGGGAAAUAUUCAUAUUGUAUUUAAUGCAUGGUCGGAAAUAUUAUAUUGUAUUAAUGGACGCUUGAAACUAUUGGGUUUUAGAGCUGAUAAUAUGGAUAUUCAUUUCACAAAUUCUAUUCUUUGUGCAUUUGGAACGAUUGAGAUUUCAGGGUUUGUUGAUUCUGAAUUUAAUUUAAGAGAUUUAAAAGGGAAUAUUUUACAUACAGGUAUUGGGAUUGUAGUGGAGGCAGGGAAUGGUCAAUUGGUUGGAACAGACUAUAAUUAUAAGAAUCUAAUAUUUUUUGAUACUAAAGAUGGAAGAUUUGAUAUUUGUAAUAUUUUUUCUUUGAAAUUAAAAGAUGAAAAUUCUAAAAUUCUUCAAAUAUCAGCAGGUGCAUCUCAUUUUGCUUUAUUAUCAUCAGAUGGAGAAGUUUAUACAUGGGGAGAUAAUAUUUAUGGACAAUUAGGCAGGGAGACUAGUGAUGGUGUUGAAUCUAAUACAGUUCCUACUAUUGUAAGUGCCUUACAAGGUCUUAAAAUCCAAAAAAUUGCAGCAGGAGGUUGGAUGACAGGUGCACAAAGUGCAGAUAAUGAUUUAUAUAUUUGUGGCUGGCUAAGACUAGGAAAAAUAGUUAACACUUCUGACGAUAAAUCAGAAUUUAAUUUAGUGGACUUAGGGGAAAAUGUUGAUAUAUUGGAUUUUGGAAUAGGAUCCGAACAUAUUGUUGUAUUAACGACGAAUGGUAUAUAUUCACUAGGGAAAGAAGGAGAAAAUUGUUUAUCAUAUUCAACUCUAAUAUGGAUUCAAAUUCCACAAUUUUCUAAUAAAAAGAUAACACAUGUUUUUUGUAGUCAAUGGAAUACUUUAUUAAUAACAUAUGACGAAUCUAAAAUUGAAAAAGAUAAUCCUCAAAGUUGA